CUUAGCCAUGGCUUCCGCCUGCAUGAUUAUACAGAGGAGUAUCGCAACAAGCUGUGUCUGCCAUGGGAAGCGUAACUUUCGAAAAUUCCUUUUGUAUAAUAAGCGGGGUACCCGAAAAUUCAAGGAACAACAGAUGAUAAAACCGCAUCCACAAAUUCCUAUUGACCGUCGUGGAGUACGACUCACUGGCUACUAUCUUGGCGAGAAAUGGAUCGAAGUGCCUGAAAUGACACCUGAACUAAUUGUUCCAUCGCUGGUAGACUUUGAACUUAAACCUUAUGUAGCUUACCACGUGGAUGAAGUACAACAGUCAGAAUUCACCCCUAAAGACUUGUUCGAUGCGGUAUAUUCGAAAAAAAUUCGCGAAGAUUUCGAGAAUAAACAGCUGGCCGAAGAUGGUAGCCCCUUAAAUCCUAGCGAAAAUGAAAAAUUAACUGCCAAGGAGGCCAAGCUCUUGGCUGGGAAAACUGGCUGUGAUCUUUUUGGUAAUUAAAUCCUCUACUCACCUUGUAUUGUAUAAGCUAGUUUUAUCAUAUUUGUAGAUUUGUAGAUUUAUCAUGUUCUGACAGAUAUACGUUGAGAUGUGUUAAGAUAAAUGAGUUCUGAUUAUACUUGAACUGCUAUUGUUUUUCUGAUCACAUAGAGAAACUAGAUUCUCACAUAUGUCAAAAUAAAGACGUUAAAAGUCAGCCUACUGUCUUCAUAUUUUCCUGAAGUUUGAAUUUUCAAUUUGAAACUAGAUUAUGGAAAUCAACACAAAUUGUAUUCGACUAAGGCUUGUUAUGCUCUUUAUUCGUUACAAUCUAAGCGCGUUCUAAAGUACAUACACUUAUACUUAUCUACAGAUUAUAUAUGGUAAUUAUUUACUAUUAUUUGUAAUUGUUAUGUGACGAAAAAUUGAGCAUAUUAUCAAAUUGUGCCAGCAUUUAGCUCUUGUUACCACACUCAUGUAACGAUCUGGCCUUUAAUUGGUAGCUUAGCCCAAUUUUACUUGUGUUAAUAGUAAAUAAUUACCUGAACAAAUUACUGUAGUUAUUGACUAGUAUCAACGGCAUCUUACAAUUAGACCUUUUAUAAUAAAUAAUACAUUUGUAUUGAUUUACAAAAUACCUAUUCGAUCAAACUUAAAUUGACAAUUUAAAUCACUUUUGUUAAAAACUCAAGUUAUUAUAUUUUAUUGCUAUUAAAUGAACAGUACGUUUUAUAAAUCGAUUCUUAUGCUAUGAACUAUGUGUAAUACAUGAAACUUAUCAUUUUGAAUCAGGCUUUUUUUUUACUUUAUUUCAACUUAUCUUUGAGCUGCUAACCAGGUUUAUUUUCAAUUUUCAAACAUAUCGCGAUGUAGACCCAGUGUCUCAUUUCAAAUGACUGAUAAAGCAACAAUUAUCUAGUCUAGUCUAUCUUAUCUGCUAUUAAUUCGCUUAUCAAAAAUGUUUGAGCGAAAUUUGAUUGUUUGUUGGGUAAAAAAUGGCGAAAAAUUUGAGUAGUAAAAUCGUUGUCAGUUGUGCGUGGCCGAUAUUGCUUCAAUGCUUCCCAGUAUCUUAUGAGUAUACUAAUCAAAGGAAGAGAACUGAAUACAGAAGUCAUUGUGAGACUGAUUCCAUCUAUGUUCUAUACUCUUGUACGUACGUAAUAAUAAAUCUGCUACAAGUGGUACAAAAACGCAUAAAAUUCUUAAUAGGCAAUAUUCAAACGUUAAAAAAUGAGAGUCAAUUUCAUAUUUAUUGUCUGAUCUUAAAAUUUCUUCUUCAUAGAUUCUGAUUCUAUCGUUAAACAGAGUGGUCUAAAAAAGUAUGCUCUAAAUUAUAUCUCAUAGCUUACACUGAUAUUCCGAACUCGUUCACUACGCUCGUACACCUUAGCUAACGUUCAUUGCUACUAUUAUAAUAAUUAUUAGUAUCUAAUUUCUAUCAGUAUUUUUAUGACCAGCGGAAAUGAUGCAAGACCGUUUUCGUAUUACCUU